AAAGAUUAUUCUGAUAUGUUUUCUUCAUAUGCAUAGGAAUGCAACGACAAUAAUUCCACUUCUAAAUUGAAAUGUUCCUUCCUUUAGGUAUACCAUGAUCCAUCACAGUGCACAGGACAACUUUCACCAUCACGCCCUGCUCAAAGUCUGCCUUUACUAUCAUAUGAAAUGGAUAUUAGGGACCUACCCAACGUAAUCGAGCGUCUGAAAAACUAUGAAGGACAACUUUUACCAUUUCGCUUUGCUCAAAGUCCAUCUUCACUACAACAUGAAAUAGACAUUAGGGACCUACCCAACCAGAGCGGAAUAAAGAUCGAGCAGCAGCCCAAAUCUAAAAAACAACCGGAAGGUUCAGAAGUAAUUUUCGAGUUGAAGGUGCAGGAGCAGGAUAAAUAUUCCUAUCAGUGGCUGAAAGAUGGAGCCGAACUGGAGGGAAAAUGCGAUGCCAUCCUCAUCCUUGAUAACGUUGAGCUCCGUGAAUUUGGCUGCUACAAAUGUCGAGUUUGCCCUCGAGAAAAUUUUGGAAUCAACUGCGAGUCAUCACGGGCAUGGCUGGAUGUUGUCCCCAAAGUUCAGAAUGCAACAAGACUAAAAAAGUUUAUAGAAGUAGACCUGUCAACUUGUGAUAGCGUAGCUCUCUAUCUGAAUAAAGAUUUGCUACCUGGUCUUGGAGGUUACAGACAGGCGGCCGCUGUGUUUGGCAUGACGAGCGACAUGAUUGGAGCACUUGAAACAUGCAAGUCCCCUGGACAAGAGGUCAUCGAAUUUUUGAAGGCAACCAAACCAGACAUAACAGUUUACACAGUUUUUAAACAGUUAAAGGACGACAAAAUGAGGCGUUUUGAUAUCGCAAAGAUCUUGGAGAACCAUCUUACAAUUACUGAAAGUGAAGUCUAGUUUAAAAGCUAAAUCUCAAAAUAUAUUUUAAUUUUAAAAACAGUAAAAUCCUCCUCGAACAUGUUCUGAAUUUCUUGUUUCUUUGGGUGCACACUUAAAAUUUGCAGAUCAGUAGGACCUAUUUUGUGGCGUACUAAGGAGCCUUUUGAAAAUGCGCUUCGAGGACUAUAUGAAAAAAUGCAUGUAAUCACUCCAAAGGCCAAUCAGAAUAUUCCAAGGAGCUAAUGAAAACUCAGGGAAAAUGUCUGUCUUAUGAACCGUCUUUAAGCUUGGGAAAACGCACGCAGACCAACUCAAGUCUUGGUUGAUUUUAGGUUUUGAAUUUAAUUGUCUAGCGCCAGGUGUUAGUUAUAACCAAAUAUACCGUAAAGGAGAGCAAAACCAAAACUAUCCGCCUUAGAAGCGCUUUUGACGCUCAGUUCAAAAUCCGCCUGGCAAGCGAGUACAUGUAUAAGUUAAUGAAUAAGUGAAUACCGAAAGUGGUGCGUAAGUAAGAAAGUGAAUAAGUAAGAAAGGAAAUAACGUUGAAUUGUAACAUUUCGUGAAGCACCUAGUAAGUUACGUAUGAUUGAGUUAUUUAUUUAAAUGAAUCCAUACAUGUCGUUUAGAUUUGAAUUUAAAAUCCAAAUUAUCAGGGUUUUUAAUUAUGACAAUGAGAUUUCUGAUUUUAACCUUCUUGUGUAACUUCCUUAAUGGAAAUGCUUAGGUUUGCCUUGGACCUAUACUAAAGUUCUUAUUUUGGCUUUUAUAACAAAAAUUGAGUUUUGGUAAGCGUGUUGUUGUUUAUUCGUGAGAUCCUUGUGAAAGUGGUAGGGUCAAAGUUCCGAUAUCAAACGUAUAAUCCUCUGAGAUCAGUUGGCUCGCAUGCUCGCUCAUGCCUAUUGGAAGCGAAUGAAAGGAAGUGUAGUGUAGGAUUCAUUGUCAGUCAAUCAGAGUUAGACAAUACUACUAAGGAUCAGUCAGAGACAUUGAGUCAUUAAGAGUGGUCAAAGAAAAGGAAUAAAAUUUGACCUUCAAAGAUUUUCUAACACUGAUCGUGUUGAAUUGGAGUAAAGAUAUGAACACCCGAGGAAUAAAAUUCAUAGAAAAUG